GUCCAUUCAGAAAAAAUAAAUCCAUCAGUUCGCGAGUGCGACGAAAGGGAGAAACUUCUACUGCUGGCUGCUGGCAUUUAUCACCACGUUGUUUGCUGCUGCAAUGGCCGAUUUGGACGAUUUUUUCGCGAAAAAAGACCGCAAAAAGUCGAAAACGAAAAAGUUUGCCACCCCGGAGGAACUGGCGAAAUCGAUUGAAGAGGCCGCGAAGAAAACUGCUGAAUCGAAAGCCAGGAAGGUGACCCCGCAGAAUCCCGAAGGAGUAGGAAAUGAGCCGAAGAAGCCUGCACAAGCGGACGAAGAGUGGAAGGAAUUCGAGGAGGAACGAAAGGAUUACAGUGGACUGAAAUUAGCACAGUUGACCAUCUCCGAACAGGAAGGCUCCGAAGACACGGCAGGUAAGGACGGUGGUUCUGCGGUUGAUGGCGACGGAGAGGGUGGUGAUGUCGGUAGUGGAAACAAUAAAUCUGGAGCGUGGAGAAAUGUCGACUCUAGUGCCGAAUCGGCUGAUAAACAACAGCAGCUGCAGCAACAACAACAACAACGGGCCGGGCCCAGUGUCUACGUGACGCCGGCCAUGAAAAACUUGCGGCUGAAGAAGAAGGGGGUUGCACCGGAUUUGAAGAACGAGGAAUUCUUCCCGACGUUGGGUGCGGAAGCGCCGGUGGAUCCGACACGAGGUAAAAAAGAUUCCACAUUCGAAGAGGUGAAGCACGGUGGCCGCGUCCGGUCGUCGGAUCUUCCUUCGGCACAGCCCCUGCAGGUAGGAAACAGAUUCACCUCGUUGAGCAACGAUGCAAGCUAGAGAGUGUCCGGGCGGCAGCGGGAAUGCCGUCAAGUCAGGGCUAGGAGUAGGAGAAGGAACUUUGCCGGCGAUUGUCGCCGGUUUGCAUCCUAGGUUUUUGUAUUGUUUAAUUCUCUUAUUCUAUUAUUUUCUUCCAAAUUGAUAGCCUGUGUCCCGCGUAUAAAUGUGCUCUACCUAUUUACACAAACAGACUGCUCACUACAAAUAAGAGGAAACAAGAUUAGGAACUUGAUUUCGGACGUUUUCAUUGUUUCGGGAGUGGAUGGCUUGGUUUCAAAGAUUGGGGAAUUAAUACGAUUUAAGGAGAUCGUUCGAAUUGAUAUUUACGCACUAGCCUGCAUUUUCUCUCCGAGUUUGAAUGAAGUGAUUCCACCUCCAAAACAAUGAAAUCUUAAGAAUACAGUGUUUUAGCUACUGAAUAUUUGACAGAAAAAUGUACGAUUUUUUUUGGCAAAAUAACAAUUAUCGUAUCCAAGAUAGUAGUAACCCAUUUCUUGAUUCGAAAGCAGAUGAAAUCGGCAGCCAAACACAUUUUACGACAGUAUCGAUACGGCGCGUUUCUCCAACUCGCAGGGGAAAGAAAUUAUUGAUGGGAACAUUAUUAUUAAAUUGCAAAUCAAAGGACAAAACAAAUCUUCGUUACUACUUUCAUUAAAUACUUCCGCGAAAGCUAAGCCGUGUUGGUUUUGUAAUCAAUAAAAAUCAGAGGUAAUAAAUCUAAAAAA